AUGGGCCCUUCAAACGAAGUUAUCCCUACAGAUGCUCGCCCCAUACCUCUACCAGAAUUACCUGAGUUUGCAACCGAAACAGGAACAGAAAACAGUUCACCUGAUCUCGAAUCUUUCUCCAAUGGUCUCUCUCACUCGCUGUGGCUGCCCCAAACUCACGCCUCCGAUUCAACUACGAGACGAGUUUAUCGUGGGUUUGCCGACGAAAAGGAAGCCACCUUCUUUUCCUGUUGUCGCCAGUAUCCAAAGGCCGUGGGCUGGUCGUUAUUGCUCUUCCUGACUGUUGUAAUGGAAGCCUAUGACAAGUCCCUGGUAACCGGUCUCUUUGCUUUUCCUGCAUUUAGAGCAAAAUACGGCAAGCCCACAGGAGGCUCAGAUGACCGAACCUACGAAAUCUCACCUUCGUGGCAGAUGGGCUUACAAAACGCUGCCAUUGUCUGCGAGAUUAUAGGUCUCUUGGCGCACGGCUACAUCACCGAUCUUAUCGGAUAUAGAAAGAUGAUGCUUGUCAGUUUGUUCUGGAUGUGCAUCGCUGUAUUCCCCGCAUUCUUUGCCGAUAGCAUCGGCGUCUUGUUGACAUCACAAGCUCUAUCCGGGCUGUCAUGGGGUGUCAUCGAAAUUUUAGCUGCCACAUAUGCAGCUGAAGUCGUUCCAAAUGCUCUGCGUCCUUUUGUUCUAAGCAGCAUCAACAUGUGCUGGCUUGUAGGACAGGUGAUCGGCACAGGGAUUCUUCGUUCGCUUGUUUAUGAGACUUCACAAUGGUCCUAUCGCCUUCCCUUUGCACUUCAAUGGGCAUGGGCGAUACCGUUGUUAUUCGGCGUGUGGUUCGCACCCGACAGCCCAUGGUGGCUUAUUCGCCAUGAACGAACCGAAGACGCAAAGAGGGCUCUCGCACGGCUUUGUAACAAGAACCAUACCGACAUCGAAGACACCAUCUCAUUGAUGAAACACACCAACAAGAUGGAGAAGGACUAUAACUAUGGAGGAGCCAGUUAUAAGGAUCUCUUCAAAGGAGUCAACCGACGAAGGACUGAGAUUGCAUGUCUCGCAUGGUGCUCUCAGGCUCUCAGUGGUUGGUCGCUUACAUCGUACGCGCCAUAUUUCUUCGAACAAGCUGGCUUCAGCGCAUCCAUCUCUUUCAACCUCUCAACAACCUGCUAUGGAGUCGGUAUCGCAGGCGGUAUCAUCUCCUGGAUUCUGCUGCCCUUUGUAGGGCGUCGAAAACUUUACCUUUACGGACUCAUCACCCCAAUUUGUCUUUUGACCGCUGGCGGCAUCGUUUGGGCGGUACUGAGCGACCGAACCGGCGCCAAUUGGACCUUGGGCGGAUUAAUUAUCGCCACGACAUUUGUUUACGACAUGACUAUUGGCCCCGUCUGCUAUAUUGUGGUCGCCGAGAUUCCUUCCACUCGAUUACGAGUCAAGACUGUUGCUCUAGCAAGAGUGACAUACAACCUUUGCCUAAUAUUUAACAACAUCAUUAUGCCCAAGAUGCUGAACCCAUCCGCCUGGGACAUCGGCGGCGCCUCAUGUUUCUUAUAUGCCGGAACGAGUUUUUUCUGCUUAAUAUGGUGUUACUUUAGACUUCCCGAGACGAGGAAUCUAACAUUUUUGGAGCUCGAUAUCUUAUUCGAGAGAAAGGCACCCACGCCAAAGUUCAAAGAGCUGCAGGAUAGGCUUGAGGAUAGUGCGUACCUCUCCAUGACGAGGACGGAGCGAUUGACGAAUUGGCAUGGCUGGCUAGCUUAUUCAUAA